AGCAUUUUGCCACCCGGAAAAGGCAACUCGAAGGCCGGAAAGGGUAAAGCUUCGACCAACUCGCGGAACAACUCCGCCGCCGCCCGUGCUUCGUGCGCGACCAGGACGAGUCGCGUGGCUAGUUCUUCCAGUGCUUCCGCUCGGGCGAAGUGAGGGCCUGACGCCCGGCGCCAUGUUUCAGGGCCUCGCCGC